CCUUGCACAAAGCUCUAGAAAACUGUGGAAGUGCCUUCAGCGUAAACAAUCCAGAACUCUCCCAGGACAAAUCAUUUGCCAACCAAAGGAAAGGCCUGGGGUUUAUGGUUUCACUCGGAGCAAGAGGUGGAAACUUUCUGGGGGGACAAGACAGAACAGGCAUCGGUGGGUGUCACGGCAGCAAAACAAGGAUGGACGAGGAGUCGCCAGAUGGGCUGCUUUUCAGAGACCACAACUUCUCCUCUGACUUACUGAGGCAGCUCAACGGCUUACGACAACACAGGAUCCUGACAGAUGUGAGCAUCUGUGCCGGUGCCUGGGAGGUCCCCUGCCACCGCAAUGUGCUGGCCUCCAGCAGCCCCUACUUUAGGGCCAUGUUCUGCAGCAACUUCCGGGAGAGCAGUGAGGCCAAAGUCCAGCUGAAGGGCAUCGACUCCCCGGUGCUGGACUGGAUCGUGGCGUACGUGUACACCGGGGAGGUGCGCAUUGCGGCCGACAACGUCCUGGCCUUGAUGGAGGCGGCCUCUAUGCUGCAGUACCCCAGACUGUUCGAGGCCUGCUCCUCCUACCUGCAGAGCCAGCUGGCCCCCAGCAACUGCCUGGGCAUGAUCAGACUCUCAGAAAUCUUAAGUUGCCAGACCCUCAAGAAGAAAGCCAGGGAGGUGGCCCUGGCAUAUUUCCCCGAGGUGGCUGCCUCUGCUGACCUGAAGGAGCUCUGCGCCUUGGAGUUGAGAGACUACCUCGGAGAUGACGGGCUCUGCGGGGAGGAGGAAAAGGUGUUCGAGGCCCUCAUGGCUUGGAUCAAGCAUGACCUCCAGGCCCGGAAGCGAUACAUGCAGGAACUGUUCCAGCAGGUGAGGCUUCAGUACGUCCACCCGGCCUUCUUCCACCACUUCAUCGCCAACGACGCCCUCCUUCAGUCUUCGCCCGCCUGCCAGACCAUCCUGGAGAUGGCCAGGAGGCAGAUGUUUUCUCUGUGUGGCUCCAGUGCCCCAGACUGCAAACCCCUGUGGCACGUCCCGCCAAGGAGCUCCUACCAAGAUUUCCUCAUCCUCCUGGGUGGAAGGAAGGACAACCAGCAGACCACCAGGGAGGUCCUGCUCUAUAGCACACAGACGGGCCAAUGGCAGAGCCUUGCCAAACUCCCCACCCGGCUGUACAAGGCCUCGGCUGUCGCCUUGCACCGCAGCAUCUAUGUGCUCGGGGGCAUGACUGUCAGCGGGGGGAAGAGUCUGGUCAGCCACAAUGUCUACGUCUUCUCCCUGAAACUCAACCAGUGGAGGCUCGGGGAACCUAUGCUGGUGACCCGCUACUCCCACAGAAGCAUCGCCCACAAGAACUUCAUUUUCUCCAUCGGGGGCCUUGGAGAAGGACAGGAGCUCCUGGGCUCCAUGGAGAGGUAUGACAGCAUCUGCAAUGUCUGGGAGAAUAUGGCGACCAUGCCCGUGGGGGUUCUCCACCCUGCCGUCGCUGCAAAGGACCAAAGGCUCUACCUCUUUGGCGGAGAGGACAUCAUGCAGAACCCUGUGCGCCUUAUCCAGGUUUAUCACAUUUCCAGAAACACGUGGUUCAAAAUGGAGACGAGGAUGAUCAAGAACGUGUGCGCCCCUGCGGUGGUGCUCGGGCAGCGGAUCGUCAUUGUGGGAGGUUACACGAGGAGGAUUCUUGCUUACGACCCUCAGACCAACAAAUUUGCCAAGUGUGCAGACAUGAAAGACCGGAAGAUGCACCACGGGGCCACAGUGAUGGGGAACAAGCUCUAUGUGACAGGCGGGCGGCGGCUGACCACAGACUGCAGCAUUGAGGACUCAGCCUCCUUUGACUGCUAUGACCCUGAGACAGACACCUGGACAUCCCAGGGGCAGCUGCCUCACAAACUCUUCGACCACGCCUGCCUCACGCUCCAGUGCAUACCCCACAUGUCCAUCCACUCUUAAAGUCCACAAGGAACCUCUGUCAAAACGCUUUCUGUUGCAAAGGACAGAAACCCCGCUCCAAAGAGCCUAAUGAGGAUGCAGGGGGUGCUCUCAGGACUGAAGGUACCAGGGCCUAGGGCCCCUGGCGCCAGGCCUAUGGCCAGAACUGUCUCCUCCCCCAGCCUCUCCCUCUCUCUCUGCCUUGUCUCUACUAGGCCUCAUUCCUCAGGCUUCUUUAUCCACACAGUAUGAGGACUAUGCAAUGAUAGACUCUGACUCACAUUCUCCACAUUCUCUAGCUUUGCAUCUUCAGGAGACAAUUUACUGUCCCAUGAUCCACAUAUUCAUCUUUAAAAACAGUGCUGGUGGCCCCUUUGUGAAUUCCAUGCCUGCCUCUUGAGGCAAUCACUAUUGCCGGGAUGGUGCUACGGUAACCACGUGGUCCUGAAUCAGGUCUCUAUGAACAGAAGUGGGGUUAACUCCUGUGAUUGACAGCCUAUCCAAACCACAUGUAACAGGAUGGAAGCAGUUCUCCAAAGGAAGAAAUUCUGGAUGAACAGAAAGCACCUCUGGCCCA